AUCUGUUAUCUGUGGCCGAGUGGCGACCGGUGCGAUUCCUCGACAAUCGCGAAACGACGUUCGUUUUUGCUUCAUCUCGACGGCGCCAUUUUCUUUUCUCUCGGAACUUGUCGGCAAGCUGAUAAAAUGGGUACCGUAGAGCGCCCCGGUGAUGCUACAUCCGAGGUAGAGUCCGGAGAAGAGGAAGAGAUCGUCGGCGGCGAAGAUCUGGCCGCGCAGUUGAUGAAGAGUGGCAUCACAAGAAACGAAAUGUUGGCUGCCAUCACAAACCGCAUUCACGCGGAGGCUAUUGCAGCUCUACCACCGAACGUGCGUCGUCGCAUCAAAGCUCUCCGCUCCCUGCAAAAAGAAUUUGUAGACAUUGAGGCUAAAUUCUACUCUGAAGUUCAUGCCUUAGAGUGCAAAUAUGAGAAACUAUACAAACCCCUGUUUGAAAAGCGUGCUCAAAUUGUAAAUGGAGUAUACGAACCGAAAGAUGAGGAGUGCCAGAACCCUUGGAGGGACGAGGCAGAGGAGGAGGAACUGGCACAAGCUGUCCAGAAGGCCGCCAUCACCGACGGUGAGGACAAAACUGGCGAGAAUAAACCAGAAGAACCACCAAUGGAUCCUAAUGUGAAAGGAAUCCCAGACUUCUGGUAUACCAUCUUCAAGAAUGUCUCGAUGCUGUGUGAAAUGAUGCAGGAACACGACGAGCCUAUUAUAAAAAGUUUGCAGGACAUUAAAGUGCAAAUGCAUGAGGAUCCUAUUGGUUUCACGUUGGAGUUCCACUUUGCUCCCAAUGACUACUUCUCCGAUACAAUCUUAACAAAGGAAUACUCAAUGAAAUGUAAACCUGAUGAGGAUAACCCCCUAGAGUUUGAGGGUCCAGAGAUCUACUCAUGCAAGGGCUGCGAGAUCAACUGGAAGAAAGGCAAGAAUGUAACAGUGAAGACGAUAAAAAAGAAGCAAAAGCACAAGUCUCGCGGCUCCGUCCGCACCAUUACAAAGUCCGUGCAGGCCGACUCCUUCUUCAACUUCUUUGCCCCGCCCGCGAUGCCCGAAGACCCCAACUCAACUCUGGCCUCAGACAUUCAGGCGCUGCUGACGGCGGACUUCGAGGUUGGGCACUACAUCCGCGAGCGCGUGGUCUCCCGCGCCGUGCUGCUCUACACCGGCGAGGGGCUGGACGACGACGAUGAUGAUGACUACGAGGAGGAGGAGGAUUCGUACUCCGAUGAAGACUCCGGUACUGAGGAGGUUUCCGAUGAGGAGGAGUGAUGCGGAGUUGUAUCUAACCGUCCCUUAGCUUUACGUCUUAGGCAUCGCCGGCCGACUGUCGGCUCGGUCCGAUGGGCGCGCCCUGUCGCUUUAGCCUCGAAUCGUAUCUAUUUUGUAAUCGAAUUUUUGUAUAUGUACCAAAAAAAUAUAAAAUUGAACGUCGCCCGGCGGCGAGUGAAUCUAUAUAAUACUCCCAGUGGUAUGCGUCAGCGAAGAGGUCGCAUCUGACUUGUAAUGACCACAGGAAAUUGACAGAUGUGUCCGUGAUAUAACCGGUGGCUAUAGUCAUAAUUGUUAGUUAACGACGCUAGGUAUUUAUUACGAUGAACUUCUCGCUCGGUCCCGAUCUAUGCAUGGUUUAUCCGUAGAGUAGAUAAAUAUGUCGUAGAUAGCCGCGCGACGCGACGAGAAGUAUGAGGUGCCUUAUUAUUGUAAUGCAUGCUGGGACUACAUGUCUUACGAUACCUGUAUUGCAUUUCUAGUAUAGAUAUACAAUUCUUAUUCUAUGUUUUAUUUUAGUCGAUGGUGUGUAUUAUGAUGUUUACGCAUUUUACGUAUUUGUUUGUAAUAUUAAAUUUAAUGUGAUACAAUUACUCUCCUAAGGCUAUUUUAUAAUGAUGUUUCCUACUAAGAUGCACCAUUCCAAUCUAUCGUGUCGUUUGAGAAACGAGAAUCUCUGGUGCCAAAAGCAUUUAUCUAGCACGAGACGAGAACUGUGAUCCGCGUCUCCCGACGGAGCGGUAGUUUCGUGUACUGGAAUGUAGAUUAUUAUAAUAUAUUUUUUUAUUUAUGUAACUUUUUAUCGAAGUCGUAGUCGAGAACCGUUAACGCUUCUAUGUUUUGGCAUGUCGGCAACGAUGACAUUAAAAUUUUAAGCUUUUUUA